GACCCUAGUUUGCACAAAGUUGGACAUAGUAUCGAAGAGAAAAUGGAGAAGGGGACAAUGGUGAUGCAGAAAUACCAAAUCGGGCGGCUGUUGGGGCAGGGGACCUUCGCCAAGGUGUACCACGCCAGGAACACGAAAACAGGGGAGAACGUCGCCGUGAAGAUCAUCGACAAAGAAAAGGUCCUCAAGGUGGGUCUGAUCGAGCAGAUAAAACGCGAAAUCUCCGUCAUGAGGCUCAUCAAACACCCCAACGUCGUCCAGCUCCACGAGGUCAUGGCCAGCAAGACCAAGAUCUACUUCGCCAUCGAGUACGUCCGCCGCGGCGAACUCUUCGGCAAGAUCGCCAAGGGGAGGCUCAAGGAGGACGCCGCCCGGCGGUACUUCCAGCAGCUGGUGGCCGCCGUGGACUUCUGCCACAGCCGCGGCGUGUACCACCGCGACCUAAAGCCCGAGAACCUCCUCCUCGACGAAGCCGGGAACCUCAAGGUCUCCGACUUCGGGCUGAGCGCCCUGGCCGAGUCCCGCCGCCAGGACGGCCUCCUCCACACCACCUGCGGGACCCCCGCGUACGUCGCCCCGGAGGUGAUCACCAAGAGGGGGUACGACGGCGAGAAGGCCGACAUAUGGUCUUGCGGCGUCAUCCUCUUCGUCCUCCUCGCCGGGUACCUCCCCUUCCGGGACUCCAAUCUCAUGGAAAUGUACAAGAAGAUCAGCCGCGGAGAUUUCAAAUGCCCCCGGUGGUUUCCGCCGGAGGUGAAGAAGCUCCUCUCCAGGAUUCUUGAUCCAAACCCUGUUUCAAGAAUCCCUCUCUCCAAACUCAUGCAAAACUCUUGGUUCCAAAAGGGGUUCGUCCAAUUCCGGUCGCCGUCGUCCCCCGACCAAGAACUCUCCCCCCGGAGCGUCCUCGAAAUCGAACUCCUCGUAGACGGAGACCAGACCGCCGCCGCCGCCGGAACCUCGGACGCGUCGAUGAAGCCGACGUGCCUGAACGCGUUCGACAUCAUCUCACUGUCCCCCAGCUUCGACCUGUCGGGGCUGUUCGACGUGGGCACGAGCCGGAAGCCGGAGUCGCGGUUCACGAUGCAGCAGCCGGCCUCGACGAUCGUGUCGAGGCUGGAGGAGAUCGCGGUGACGGAGAGCUUCAGGGUGGAGAAGAAAGAUGGGACGGUGAAGCUGCAGGGGAGCAAGCAGGGGAGGAAGGGGCGGCUGGCCAUCGACGCCGAGAUCUUCGAGGUCACGCCGUCGUUUCACGUGGUGGAAGUGAAGAAGAGCUCCGGCGACACGAUGGAGUACCGGAAGUUCUGUGAGCACGAGUUGAAGCCUUCUUUGAAGGACAUCAUUUGGAAAUGGGAAGGCUCUGAGCAGCAGCACAAGUGAUGAAUUUUUAUUUAACUUGCAUUUAUAUAUGUUGAUAAUAAUAAUUAAUAAUUAAUGAUCAGGAAAUUAAAUGCAUAUUGAAACUAUUUUCUAAAAUUAUAUUAAGAGUCCGGUAGAAGGUCCGUGGAUAUGGGCGCCGUGAACCGAAGUUUGAGGAGAGGCAAAGCUAAAGCCACCUCCGACGGUUCGACCUCACGCGGUUCUCGAGGAAGACACUCCGUCUCUUCCUUUCCUACUAUCCCCGAUCACUUAAUCGGGGACGCUAUGACGGAUGAAAAUUCGACCAUAUUUAUUCUGAUAGAGGGACGCAAAUCUCCCCACUCUUGAUAGUGUAUUCGAAGAUCUUGAUGAAGUAAGAUUGGAUAAUCUACACGGAGACGAGGAGCCUACACCGCAGAGCAACGACGUCGACGUGGAGGCAGGUGAGCCCGAGACCUCUCGAGGUCCGGACAAAGGUAAAAAAAAAUAUAUAUCAGAUUUAUUUGUUUAUCAUUUUGACAAAGAAAUAAAAGAUGGCGUAGUUUAUGGAACUUGUAAACAUUGUGAGACCGUCAUAAAAAUGGGAGUUUCCGGCGGUUAUGGCGGUUCGGAAAAACACCUAAGGUCGAGGCAUCCCGUGGAGUACGCCAAAUACGAGGCAAAAAAGAAGGGACGACAAGAAGUGCAAACCCAAAUUUCUCGUUUGCAAACAGAGGUAAGGGCGGCCUUUUUGCUUACAGCGACGAGCAAAAUAAGCAAAAAAUGGCCGAAAUGAUUUGUGAAGAAAAUUUGCCAUACAUG